AUCAAAAUAAAAGGUAACUUCAAAAAUAAAAAUAAAAACAAAUCUCCAUAUGUGAAAAAGCCCAUAAAUUAGGUGGCAAAAGGUUAUAAAACAACAAAGUGCUACAAAAUUCUACCCAAAGAGUAUUCCUUAUAAAGAAACCCUCACCAAUAUAUAUCUCAUUGCUUCACCUCUACAUUUUUCACAAACUCCACACACACACACACGCACUCAACCACCAAUGGAGGCAAGUGCCGGGCUCGUCGCAGGCUCGCAUAACCGAAAUGAACUCGUCGUUAUCCACGGACAUGAAGAGCCUAAGCCUUCGAAGAAUUUGAACGGCCAAGAUUGCGAGAUAUGUGGCGACGAGAUCGGGCUAACGGUCGACGGCGAACUCUUUGUUGCUUGCAACGAAUGCGGUUUUCCCGUUUGUCGGCCGUGCUACGAGUACGAAAGAAGGGAAGGUAGCCAGCUGUGCCCUCAAUGCAAGACGAGGUACAAGCGCCUUAAAGGGAGCCCGAGAGUUGAGGGAGAUGAUGACGAGGAGGACAUUGAUGACAUCGAACACGAAUUCAACAUCGACGAGCGAAAAACAAACACGGAUAUUGCUGAGGCAAUGCUUCAUGGGAAGAUGAGUUACGGGCGAGGGCCGGAAGACGAGCACAACGCUCAAUACCCGCCGGUUAUAGCCGGCGGUAGAUCUCGUCCGGUAAGUGGAGAAAUCCCGAUCUCGAAUUAUCCAUACGGAGAUCAAGCGGCCGGAGCCUCUCUGCAUAAAAGGGUUCAUCCGUAUCCAGCCGGAGAUGAUCCCGGAAAAGGACGAUCGGAUGAGAAGGAGAUGGGAUGGAAAGAUAGGAUGGACGACUGGAAAUUGCAGCAGGGGAACUUGGGACCUGAACAUGAUGAUCUAGCAGAUCCUGACAUGGCCAUUGCAGACAUGGCAAGACAGCCAUUAUCGAGAAAAGUACCGAUAGCAUCAAGCAAAAUAAAUCCUUACCGGAUGGUGAUCGUGGCCCGUCUUGUGAUCUUGGCCUUCUUCCUCCGCUACCGGAUCUUGAACCCGGUCCAUGAUGCCAUUGGCCUCUGGCUAACCUCAAUCAUAUGCGAAAUCUGGUUCGCCAUCUCCUGGAUUCUCGAUCAGUUUCCCAAAUGGUUCCCCAUUGACCGUGAAACCUAUCUCGAUCGCCUUUCCCUCAGGGAAGGGGAGCCGAACAUGCUGGCGCCGGUGGACAUAUUCGUGAGCACGGUGGACCCCAUGAAAGAGCCGCCACUUGUCACGGCCAACACAGUCCUCUCGAUACUCGGGAUGGAUUACCCGGUCGAUAAAAUCUCGUGCUACAUAUCCGACGAUGGGGCUUCCAUGUGCACGUUCGAGGCCCUGUCCGAAACGGCCGAGUUCGCCCGCAAGUGGGCAUCGAAAGUACCUCCUGGUGGAUGGAUUAUGCAAGACGGGACUCCAUGGCCCGGUAACAACACGAGAGAUCAUCCAGGGAUGAUUCAAGUUUUCUUGGGCCAGAAUGGAGGCCUUGAUGUUGAAGGACACGAGCUCCCGAGGCUCGUCUAUGUUUCGCGUGAGAAGAGGCCGGGAUUUCAGCAUCACAAGAAAGCAGGCGCCAUGAAUGCUCUGGUUCGUGUUUCGGGUGUUCUUACGAAUGCACCUUUCAUGCUGAACUUGGACUGUGAUCACUACAUUAACAACAGCAAGGCCGUGAGGGAAGCCAUGUGUUUCUUGAUGGACCCACAAGUCGGGAAGAAGGUCUGUUACGUGCAGUUCCCACAGAGAUUUGACGGCAUUGAUAGACACGAUAGAUACGCCAACAGGAACACCGUUUUUUUCGAUAUAAACAUGAAAGGUCUAGAUGGGAUUCAAGGCCCGGUUUAUGUGGGGACGGGAUGUGUUUUCAGAAGACAGGCUUUGUAUGGCUACGAACCUCCAAAGGGGCGUAAGCGUCCAAAGAUGGUAAGCUGUGAUUGCUGCCCUUGCUUUGGACGUCGCAAGAAGCUCCCGAAAUACUCGAAAGACGGCACAAACGCCGAAACUGAUCUUCAAGGAUUCGAAGACGACAAGGAGCUUCUCAAGUCCCAGAUGAACUUCGAAAAGAAAUUCGGACAGUCCCCAAUAUUCGUGACCUCAACUCUCAUGGUCGAAGGUGGGGUCCCGCCAUCUUCAAGCCCGGCAGCUCUUCUUAAGGAAGCCAUUCACGUCAUAAGCUGCGGGUAUGAAGACAAAACAGAAUGGGGUACAGAGUUGGGCUGGAUUUACGGGUCGAUCACGGAGGAUAUCUUAACGGGCUUCAAGAUGCACUGCCGAGGAUGGAGGUCCAUUUAUUGCAUGCCCAAGAGGCCCGCGUUCAAGGGCUCGGCCCCCAUCAAUCUCUCUGACCGGCUCAACCAGGUUCUUCGGUGGGCCCUGGGCUCUGUCGAGAUCUUUUUCAGCCACCACAGCCCAAUGUGGUACGGUUACAAGGAUGGGAAGCUGAAGUGGCUCGAAAGGUUCGCCUACAUCAACACAACUGUAUACCCUUUCACGUCACUACCACUUCUCGCAUAUUGCACUCUACCCGCUGUCUGCUUGCUCACCGGCAAGUUCAUAAUGCCCGAGAUAAGCACGUUCGCGAGCCUCUUCUUCAUAGCCCUCUUCCUGUCGAUCUUCAUCACGGGCAUCCUCGAGCUGAGGUGGAGCGGAGUCAGCAUCGAGGAGUGGUGGAGAAACGAGCAGUUCUGGGUCAUCGGUGGCAUCUCGGCCCACCUAUUCGCCGUCAUUCAGGGCCUCCUCAAGAUCCUAGCUGGCAUCGACACAAACUUCACCGUCACGUCAAAGGCCACCGAUGACGAAGAUUUUGGCGAGCUAUACGCUUUCAAGUGGACGACUCUCCUCAUACCCCCGACAACUGUCCUCGUCAUAAACCUCGUCGGGGUCGUGGCCGGAAUCUCGGACGCCAUCAACAAUGGUUACCAGUCGUGGGGCCCACUUUUCGGGAAGCUGUUCUUCGCAUUUUGGGUGAUUGUACACUUGUACCCUUUCCUCAAGGGGCUGAUGGGAAGGCAAAACCGAACGCCGACAAUUGUUGUUAUCUGGUCGGUGCUGCUUGCGUCGAUUUUCUCGUUGCUGUGGGUUCGGAUCGACCCGUUUGUGAUGCGGGCCAAAGGGCCCGAUACGAAGCAGUGUGGGCUCAACUGCUGAUUGUAGUAUUGAGUGGUUUGCAAUGUGUGUGUGUUGUUUUCUUUUUCUUUUUCCUUGAAGUUUGAGCUGCAUGUGAAGGAACAAAAAAGAAAAAAGGGAGGAAUAAAAGCAGAACAAAAUUUUGUGAAGCAGUGUGUCAAUUUUUCAAUUUUUUUUACAUGUAUAUGCAGAAAAUAC